AUGGAGAUCACCGACGCCUUCCAAGAUUCAAAUCUUGCUGCACAGGCGCAGAUCAAGAUCGAUCACCUGCACCAAGGGCAGAGGCCAGUGGAGGAGUAUUUUCAGGAGUUGGAAAUACUAAUGACACAAGCCGGGUACAAGAAAGAGGAUCAGUACAUCCUGAAAACCAUCCGUACCAGCGUCAAUGAAGCACUUGUCGACAAGGUCUACGGACAAGUCACGGUGCUGACGACAUACGACGGAUGGAAGGCUGUUUUGAUCAAACUCGACAAUGCCUGGCAGGAGCGUCAGCAGGAGAAGGCCAUGUGGGGCCUCAGAACAAUACCGCCCAGAAAGGAAGGAGUGCCCGCCCCCACAAACCCGCAGGCUUCGCAAAGAGCACAAACGACGCAAAAACGCGACGGGAUGGGAACGAUGUUCAUGGGGACAGGACAACCCAUGGACGUAGACCGGGCGUGCCUCAAAUGCAAGGCCAAGCAGUCGGAAACGGGAACAUGUGGAAGUACAUGGCACAUACCCAACAGGAAAGGAAGAACCACGAGUCAGGUCAGACAGGUGGAUUGGACAAAGCCGACGUCCGAUUUCAUCUCGGCGAUCAAGGAGUGGUCGAGAAGGGAUCCUGAAGGGUUCAAAGCGGCGGGUUUUGGCUUCGGCACAGCUUGA